AACACUGUCCCUGGGAGUUCUUUAAGUCCCCUGCAAUCUGUACACAAGAGAAAGAGGGAGAGAGAGGGAGAGAGACAGAGAGCAAGGGAUCAGGUAAAGCGCGGGGGCGGCUGCAGCCAUUCAGACUCAGGAGCUGGAAAGUUGUCAAGGAUGCAGAAGGAAAUGAAGAUGGUCAAAAAUGAGGACGUGCACUACGGUGUGGGCGUGAAGAGAGCCCCCUCUUUUCCCCACUGCCUGCAGCCUGUGGUAGCCCGCGGGAAAGCGCCUCAGAGACACCCCUUCCCAGAGGCUCUGCGCGGCCCUUUUUCCCAGUUCCGGUAUGAACCUCCUCCAGGGGACCUCGACGGGGCAUUUGAAGGAGGAGGGUCUCGCAAGCGCAAGAGCAUGCCCACCAAGAUGCCCUAUAACCACCCUGCGGAAGAAGCCGCAGCGGCCCUUCACUCUGAGGAGAGCAAAGGCCACGGCCCGCGGAGCCUCCCCUUGCUGUUCCCGCAGCCUCCGCGUCCCAAAUAUGACUCGCAGAUGAUCGACCUGUGCAACGUGGGCUUCCAGUUCUACCGCACCCUGGAACAUCUGGGGGGCAAACCAGUCAAGCAGGAGCCUGUGAAGCCCAGCGCCGUGUGGCCCCAGCCCACACCCCCGCCAUUCCUGCCGGCGCCCUACCCCUACUACCCCAAAGUGCCCCCAGGCCUCAUGUUCCCCUUCUUCAUGCCCGCGUCUUCCCCGUUCCCUUUCAGCCGCCACACCUUCCUGCCCAAGCAGCCUCCGGAGCCGCUGCUGCCGCGGAAAGUGGAGCCCCGCGAGCGCGAAGAGGCUAAGCAGAAAGUGGAGCGCGUGGACGUGAACGUGCAGAUUGACGACAGCUAUUACGUAGACGUGGGCGGGGCGCAGAAGCGCUGGCAGUGCCCCACCUGCGACAAGUCCUACACCUCCAAGUACAACCUGGUCACCCACAUCCUGGGCCACAGCGGGAUCAAGCCGCACGCCUGCACCCGCUGCGGGAAGCUCUUCAAACAGCUCAGCCAUCUGCACACCCACAUGCUCACCCACCAGGGCACGCGGCCCCACAAAUGCCAGGUGUGCCACAAGGCCUUCACCCAGACCAGCCACCUGAAGCGCCACAUGAUGCAGCACAGCGAGGUGAAGCCACACAACUGCCGUGUGUGUGGCCGGGGCUUUGCCUACCCUAGCGAGCUCAAGGCCCAUGAGGCCAAGCACGCCAGCGGACGGGAGAACAUCUGCGUGGAGUGCGGCCUCGACUUCCCCACCCUGGCCCAGCUGAAGAGGCACCUCACCACACACAGGGGCCCCAUCCAGUACAACUGCUCCGAGUGUGACAAGACCUUCCAGUACCCGAGCCAGCUGCAGAACCACAUGAUGAAGCACAAAGACAUCAGGCCCUACAUCUGCUCAGAGUGUGGCAUGGAGUUCGUGCAGCCACACCACCUCAAGCAGCACUCCCUCACCCACAAGGGGGUGAAGGAGCACAAAUGUGGGAUCUGUGGGCGAGAGUUCACCCUGCUGGCCAACAUGAAGAGACACGUGCUGAUCCACACCAACAUCCGUGCCUACCAGUGUCACCUCUGCUAUAAGAGUUUUGUGCAGAAACAGACCCUCAAGGCGCACAUGAUCGUCCACUCUGAUGUGAAGCCUUUCAAAUGCAAGCUGUGUGGGAAGGAAUUCAACCGCAUGCACAACCUGAUGGGCCACAUGCACCUGCACUCUGACAGCAAACCCUUCAAGUGCCUCUACUGCCCCAGCAAGUUCACUCUGAAGGGGAACCUGACACGUCACAUGAAGGUCAAACACGGGGUCAUGGAGCGGGGCCUUCAUUCGCAAGGCUUCGGACGGGGGAGAACCACCCUGGCACAAGGAGCUGGGGCCCUGCGGAAUCUGGAGCAGGAUGAACCCUUUGACCUCUCCCAGAAGCGCCAGGGGAAGAGACCCACCUUCCAUUCUGAUGGGGAGAGUGGCAGGGGUAGCUCCUGCCAUGAAGAGGAGGAGGAUGACAACAACUAUGAGCUGGAGCAGGGAAGCCCAGGGCUGGCUCCCCAGAGCAAGCAGCUCUGUUCACCCCAGGAUCUAGCCACCCAGGUUGAGCAGGCUGCUGGGGUACCAGGGGAAGCCAGUGAGGAGGAGAAGGAAGACGACCCGAAAGAAAAAAGCCAGGAGAAGACUGGGGACGGUGUUGGGGAAGAGGGUGGCCAGGAAAGUGGCCUUCCCCCAAGAGACGAGUGUCUGGGCCUCCGGGCUCUGCAGAGCAACCGACGGGGCCCCUCCUUCCCUGAUUACUUGUACUUCAAGCACAGAGAUGAGAGCUUAAAAGAAUUACUGGAGAGGAAAAUGGAAAAACAAGCAGUACUCUUAGGUAUCUAAGUGGACAGUUUUAAAAUUACAUUUGGAAAAUGAGAACUAGGCAGUUCAAAUAUAGCUUUCCGCAUGAGUUGUCAUUUGCUGGAGAUGAGUGAAUGGUGCAAAUCUUUACAAAUGGCUUAGAAUAAAUGACCAGCGACCAUCCUUUGUAAUGUAAACGCGUCUUGGUCAUUCAUUGGGCCUUUGAU